CAGUGAGCUAGAAUGACAUUAAUUUUAGAAAUGUCACAUUAAAAAUUGUCGAAGAUGUAUUCUUCUGCUCUGAUUAUCUCCACAAUUUUUUUGUAAUUGUAGUAGUGCUAGGAUGCUGUAAUUUCAAGAUACUAUGGGCAUUACAAGUCAUAUCUGCGGUUCGGCAUUCUAUUUAUGUGUUUCAAUUCGUGCUUAAAGUAUAAUAAUGUAUUAUAAUCUAUAACUUACAUACACUAUUGAACAAUGGGUAACCAGAAUAGUUGUUGUUGUUACCGGAGUCCUUCGCCGAUCAGAAAAGAUAUCGUAAAACUUGAAGACUAUCUUCCUGAGGGAGAAGUUAGUUCUAACAAUAUUCAACACAUAAGCGAGAGAGAACCUGAUGAUGGAGAUAUUGAUCCUUCCCAGGACCCUAUUGCAGGUACUAUUUUUAUGGAAAGGUCUAAAGCAUCAAUUGAGAAUGGGAUAACACGAAAGCGUAGUCAACAUCAGAUAGCUGAGAAUAAAUUAAAAAAAAGCAGUUCCUGUUCCACUAUAUACUUAGAUGAUAGUACUGUGUCCCAGCCGAAUUUAAAAAACACAGUGAAAUGUGUUGCUUUGGCAAUAUAUUAUCACAUAAAAAAUAGAACCUCAGAACGUAGGUUGGAUAUAUUUGAUGAAAAACUGCAUCCUUUGAGUAAAGAGGGAGUAAGUGAUGACUAUGAUAAGUAUAAUCCUGAGCAUAAACAAAUUUACAAGUUUGUAAGGACUUUGUUUAAUGCAGCUCAGUUGACUGCAGAGUGUGCUAUUAUCACUUUAGUAUACCUAGAAAGGCUUCUUAUUUGUGCUGAGCUUGAUAUUGCUCCAUCUAACUGGAAAAGAAUAGUUCUUGGUGCAAUUUUACUUGCAAGUAAAGUCUGGGAUGAUCAGGCUGUUUGGAAUGUUGAUUAUUGCCAAAUAUUAAAGGAUAUCACUGUGGAAGAUAUGAAUGAACUAGAAAGACAAUUUUUAGAAAUGCUACAAUUUAAUAUUAAUGUUCCCUCAAGUGUAUACGCUAAAUAUUAUUUUGACUUGCGUACUCUUGCUGAGGCUAAUGAUUUAGCUUUCCCUAGUGAGCCCUUGAGCAAAGAAAGAGCACAAAAAUUGGAGGCCAUGUCAAGAGUAAUGGAGGACAAAAUAGCUGCAGAAUUGGUUAAGAAUGGUAUUAAAAAGUGGUCAAGUUUAGACAAUGUCAAUUCUGGUACUGGGAUAAGACGUAGUGUGGCCAUAUUAUCUUAAAUUAUUACUCAUGAGCCAAUGGAAUCCAGAUUAAAAUCUAAUGUACUGCAAUAUAAGAAUCUUCUGUAUUUAUAAUGUUUCACCAGUGUUGACAAUUUAUUUUAUUUGUGGAGUUGCCAAAUAUCAAGUUAGGAUAAAGUAAAUGUUUUUACUGGGUGAAGACAGGAUUAAUGAUUGUAGUAUAUUGAUUGUGCACAAAAACCAGGGAAUUGUAUGGGAGUAAUAAUAGUCAAUCUAUACAAUUUUUCAGUCAUGAUUUAAUAUUAUUGAUAGUUCUUAAAAUGAAAGACUUGCAAAAUGAGGUCCAAUAUUUUUUGUAUUAUAUGCAUAUUUGUUGUUUUGCUACUUAAUUUUUA